AUGUUGUCGCCAUAUGUAUGCGCAAUUGCAGAUGAUGACGAUUUUGAGGUGAAGGUGCCGGCAGACAAGCCCACCAUCGUAAAUGCCUGGGAUGAUGAGGAGGAGGACACCGCCGGUCCUGCUACUGAUGAUUGGGAGGAUUUUGGUAAGCCCAAGGAACCGAAGGUCCCCGCUGGUCCGGCGGAGGAGAAGAAGACAUUCACGCAAGUAUCGGGGAAGAAGAAGCGAGGAAAGGCCCUUGCCGAGAAAAUCAGGCAAAAGGAAGAGGAAGAGGAAGAAGCCCCGCGCAAAUUGACCUACGAGGAGAAGAAGAGGCUGCAGGAGCAAGUCGUGGCCUCCGAUCUCGAAAAUGCGAUGGACGCGUUCGCCGUGAAGGACUCGGCGCUCAAAGAUUCGGACAUCCUGUUCGGCGAUGACGGCGACGAGGGCGAGGCGAAGAAGGAGAUCACACUCGAGACCUUUAAGCCCAGGAGCGAAAGGGAGUUCAUCAAGCUCGCCGAGCUGGUGAGCAAGAAAGUGGAGCCGUUCUCGGCGAGCGCUUUCUACACGACCUUCCUGAAGGAGAUGCUCAGGCAAGCGACCGUCAACGUCGAGGCCGAAGACGUCAAGGACCUCAUCGCCACGCUCAACGUCGUCGUCAACGACAAGCUCAAGGCCUCCUCGGCCAAGAAGGGCAAGAAGGGAAAGAAGAAGGCCCCCACGAAGACCACCGCCGCCGUCCACGAGGAUAUGGUGGACGACGAGUACGACAUGUUUGCUUGA